AUGGCGUUGGAAUUUCAAUGCCCUCAUCGAAAAGCUGGUGGCAGACCGUUGCUGCUCCGCAAUCUCAGUGUUCACACAACGAUUUCCGGGCACACUUCACCGCGAGUGUAUAGCGGCAACGAUAACGGCAAUGGCUUUGCCAGUGGCCAUGUUAAUCGAAAUAAUAAUGGCGCUAAAUCACCACCUGUCCUACUGCACAAUCCAAACAGUAAUUUCGUGGGGGUGGAAUCACGAUUUCGACGGAAGUAUUUUCACAAGUCUUUAUUCAUUUUGCUCAUAGUUUUGAUAAUCAUCUUGUUAAUAACCAUCAUAGUUUUAGCUGUUUUACUACAUACACAAUCAAUUAGUACAAUAUGCCGCACCAAUGAAUGUCUGAGGACAUCGGCAAGCCUUAUUUACUCAAUGGACGUAGAGACUGAUCCCUGUGAAGACUUUUAUCAAUUCGCCUGUGGCCGCUGGUCCGAUGAACAUCCUCGACCCGAAUCGGUGACAUCGAAUGACUGGUUCCGCGAAACCCAGUCAAAAAUAAUGCGUGAGUUGAGAGAUUUCCUUAAGAAAAAUAUUUCCAGUGAUGAACCGGUGGCUGUGGGCAAAGCCAAGCUUAUGUACAAGGCCUGCAUGGACACCGAAUUGUUGGAAGAAAGGGAAAUGGAACCGCUGGUACAUUUUCUAAAAGAAUUCAAGUUGCCACUAAUACCGCGAGGUCUUAAUGUAACCCUCACGCCAGAAAGUGCUAAAAAGUAUGGAUCAGAGGAAUCCUUUAACUGGCUGGAAUCCGUUGUGUUGAUAAAGAAAUUUUUGGGCAUGGAUUUACUCGUUGGGUUCGAUAUAUUUCCAGACCCGCUGAACAGAACCAUCAACCGAAUUGCUUUGGGAACACCGGAAAUGGAUUCUGCGAUGCCAUUCAAUAAUGACGACGUGCAUAAAAUUUUACACAAAGCUCGCAAGAAAACCAUUUUCGGCGGCGAUAGUGAUGAUGAUGAUACAGACAUUGAAGGUCGUGAAAAAGAGGAGGCUGAAUCGACCAAAGACACCAACAGUGGCUUACAGGCUUAUGUUGUAUAUGUUAGGAAAGUCAUCGAGGUCUAUUUGUCCUUUCUGGACCCCGACAUGAACCCAGCAGAUAUCGGCGAGAAAUCAGAAAAAAUGACAAUGACAGCAGUUAAUGUGGCCAGGAAGAUUCAAAAGCUAAAAAGUAUCGCCGAAAAUUCAACCGAAAGCGCAAAAAAUCCUAUCGACGAUUUGGUUUAUAAAUCGGUUCAAGAUUUCCAGAACCUGACAGACAAACUCUUGUCAACCAAAUCAUUGCUCAACUGGGAGGAGUAUCUGCAGCUGAUGUUCGACGGUGGUUCCAACAGCACUAAAUUUAAUUCUGAUACCAUGGAAGUAAUCACUAGCAACUCGGACAUUUUGUAUCUGCAAACCAUUCUCGAAUAUCUGCAGGAUUUGCCAAGCUCACAUCUCGAGUUCUAUCUGUGGCUGAGUGCGGUGGAAGAACUAAUCCUACAUACCACCAGUGAAAUGCGUCUGCUACAUGCCGAGUAUAUGCGGCUGGUUAUUGGCACUGAAGGCAGUUCGCCGCGCUCCAUCUACUGUGCCCAUGGCAUCAAUAGUCUCAUGGGCAUGGCCCUUAGUUAUGCAUUGGCAGAUGACGACUUCACGCGUCACAAAUUGCCGAACGUACGUCGUAUGCUGGACGACAUACGGAGGUCGUUCAACAAUUUGGUACGUUCUACCUCGUGGAUGGAUGAGCCAACGAAGCACGAGACUUUGCAAAAGUCUGCGGAAAUGAAAAGUUUCAUUGGCUAUCCCGAAUGGAUUACCAACGGCUCGGCUUUGGACGAACACUAUGAGGGUGUCCAUGUCAAUGCCUCAACCCAUCUCGAGAAUAUGAUUGGUGUGCUCCGUUGGCAAAUGCAGGAUAAACUUAAUAAUUUCCAUGUUCCAGAUGGCUUUGGAUGGGCCACAUCACCUACGAAUGUCAAUGCAUUUCAUACAUUCCAAGCAAAUGCAAUAACUAUACCAAUUGCAAUACUGCAUUAUCCCUUCUAUGACUUGGGCUUGGAAGCUCUAAAUUAUGGUUCGAUUGGCACAAUUUUGGGUCAUGAAUUGACCCAUGGCUUCGAUGAUAGCGGACGUAUGUUUGACAAGAAUGGCAACAUGGUGCAGUGGUGGUCGAAUGAGACCAUCAAUGAAUAUGUUAAUCGUACCGAAUGCUUUAUUGAGCAGUAUAAAAAUUUCUAUCUUGAAGAUAUUGAUGAAUAUAUCGACGGUGAACUAACUUUGGGAGAAAAUAUUGCCGAUAAUGGUGGGAUGCGUGAGGCUUUUUAUGCCUAUCGUCUAUUCGUCAAAGAGAAUGGCAAAGAGAAAAUGCGUUUACCCGGUCUGGAGCACUAUAGUCACGAGCAAUUAUUCUUCAUCUCAUUUGGUAAUCUGUGGUGUGAAGCAUUUACCCCGGCAGCCUCACGUUAUGCAGUAGAGGAUUCACAUUGUCCAGGAAGAUUUCGCCUAAAAGGUGUUUUAUCUAAUUCAGAGGAAUUUGCGGACACGUUUAAAUGUCCCCGGGGGUCGGGAAUGAAUCCAAGAGCAAAGAAAUGUCGUAUUUGGUAAACUUGUUGCAUGUAAAUGAUGGGACAAUGUUUCUGGAUUCCACAUCUUAUUAUGAAUUUAUGAAUCAAGUUCUCGGUUUAAGGCUUUAUUAUGCAGUAACUGUGACAAACAAUAGUUAUAUAAUA